AUGCUCAAGAAAACUAUCGCCCUUGUCUUUGCGCUUUCCAUGAUCAUUGGUACCACCACUGCUUCUAUUUCCCAUGAACAAGAAGUCGAUUUGGACGCUGUUUGCAAAUUCGCUCAAGGCGACCUUGUUCCUGACAUUGCUUGUGCUGAUGUCUGCAGGCAGCAGGGCAACACUGGUGGUAAAUGCGAUGCCCAAAAGGUCUGCCAAUGUACACCCAAGAAGCAAGCACCCAAGUCUAAGAGCGAUGCGGAGGCGAAACACGAUAAAGAUGACGAGCGAAACUAA